CAUAAAUGCAAUAUUGUGUGAAAGAAGCCAGUCACACAUGAAUGCCUACCACAUAGUUCCCAUUUUGAAAAACAGGCAAAAUUAUAUUAAGAUGUUUGGGUUGCACACAGAGUUAAUACAACGGUAAAGAAAAGCAAGAGAAUGGUAAAUUGUGUAACUUUAUCAGAAUGGUAGAUACAUGGAUGUUUUCCAAGUGAUAAUCCAUUCAGGUAUGCAAUCUAGAUUUUGUGUGCUUUUCCAUAUUUAUGCAGUGCUUCACAACACCAAUAGUUUUAAGAACCCCUCAUAAUCCUUGAAACCCUUUCAAAAAUUUCUCUUCAUAACUUAGCAUAUAGCUUUCCAGUGGUAAUUCAUGUCUAUUAAACCGACUAUUUGGUAGCAUGUUGUUGAUGUAUUGUGAGCAUCUUCCCUUUGGUCACAUAUAAUGGUGACUAGAAUGGCAAUAAUCAAAAAGACUACAAAUACCAAAUAUGGUAGAAGGUAUGAAUGAACUGGAACCUUCAUCUGUUAUUGGUGGGAGCAUCAAUGGUGCAGCCACCAUAUUGAUAAGUUACAUGCACAAUUACUAUAUGGCCCACAAAUUCCACCCCUCAGCAUCCACCCGAGAAAUGAAAACAUAUGUGCAAGGUUUCAUUUUAUUUAUUUUUAUUUUUUAUUUGUUUGAUUCAUUGUACACAAAUGGGGUACAACUUUUUGUUCAUCUGGUUUUACAUGAAGUGGAGUCACACAGUUUGUGUAAUCAUACAUGUACAUAGGAUAAUGAUGUUUGUCUCAUUCCAUUAUCUUUCCUUCCUCCUGUCCCCAAAUUUUAUAUAUGCAUGUUUACAGUAACAUUAUUUAAAUUGGGCAAAACACAGAACCCACCCAGAUAUCAAAAACUGAUGAAUGAGUGAACAAAUCAUGGUAGUACAUAUAAAGGAAUACUACUGGGCACCAAAAAGGGACACACUUAUACAUGCUAUAGCAUGGGUGAACCUUGAAACCACUGUGCUAAGUGAAAAAAGCCAAGUACAAAAUAUUAUAACUUGUAUGAUUCCACUGAUAUAUUUUUAGGGUUGGCUCGCAGCUCCAUUAAGUGGCUGGAGUAUAAAUGAUUUAACUUAUUGUUGGACUUAAAGUGGUUUCCUGUUUUUCAGUAUUACAGAGUGCUUUCCUGACCAUAUCUGUGAAUAAAUGUUUUGACCAGAUUGAUUGUCUUUGGGCCAAUGCUGGGAAGUGGAACUGAUUGAGGGUUUGUCCAUUUUAAAGCUUUGGGAAAAUUUUGCCACACAGCCCUCAACAAAGUUUGUUCAACCUGCACUCCCAGCAGCUGAUUGAGAGGGCAAAUGCCUCCUUUGUUGGAUAUAUUCCUUCCGUCCGAGUACUAUUCCCCCAGGGGGGUCCAUCCCAGCCAGAGGUUCCCACGCUCACAAUGCCCUGUAUUUAUUUGCAGUUGAAGCAUACAUAUGCUGUCACCAUGAUCUGGUUCGUCAAUAGUGCCAAUCGCCAAGUAGCAGGCUUUGCCAUUGCCACCAUAGGAUGCAUCCUGUCUGGCAUUUCCAUGGGCCUAGUGGAGUGGCGAAUGUGGUACAUAAACCACCCCCUUCUCUCCCCCUCUGGUGUCGCCUGUGUGGGAAUGUGGAGAGUCUGCAUUUACCACCACCACAACAGUAACAUCAGCAAUGCCAAAGUGUGUUACCGAUACACCUACCAUGAUGACUUCCUUCCACCUGACAUUCGUGUUGCUCAGCACCUCUUGCUGGCUGCCAAUAUCCUGGGGCUGUUGGGAAAAGCCUUCAUCAUCCUCGCCCUGAGGAACGUGUACAUGGGAAUCCUUCAGAAGGACGACACCUACAACCCAUUCGUUGUUUCAGGAAUUCUGAACAUCGCUGCUAGCAGCUGUAUCUUAAUUGUCGUGCUCUGGAAUUACUACUCCAUCAUGAGCAUGGAGGGGAUUGAAUUCCCUUCAUCUUUCCGUGUGCCCUUCAAGCCAGAUGUUCAGGAAGUUGGGAGUGCCCUUAUAGUGGCAACACUAGCUGCCUUCCUGUUGCUGUUGAGCGGGACAAUUUUCCUCUCUUACACUUUCCCCCUGGACAUCCAAAUGCAUCCUGAGGUUUGA